AUCUUGUUCUGGUUACCAUUGAAAAUCGAUACAUAUGACCAUGCUCUAGAUACCAGGUCUUAGGCAGACGGAUAAUAAAUGUUUUCGCAAGGGUAACUUGAUAUGGCGAUGCUAAUGGUCACGUGUAAACGAUCUAAAUUGCUAGAAGCGUUUGGCGCCCUGUCAGCCGAGGAGCUUUCCGCUCUCGACCCCAGUACAUCAGAGAACCUCGGACGUCACCUACUUAUGCGCAGACGGAGUGGAGAACAUCUGGGGUAAAGUUAACAGGCUAUCAUUUUAUUCAUAAAAACAUGCAGCGGCCGUGGCUGUAGAUCAACUGUCGUCAACUUUGCUCUCCUCAAUCGUCCGUCUAAUCUGAUAAUUACCAUAUCGCAUCCAGCUUGUUUUAAUCACCAGUCCGCAAUGGCGCCUCCGGCUCUCAAUACCGAGCUUUCCCAGCUACUUAACAUCAAGUACCCAAUCAUUCUGGCUGGCAUGGCUCGUACCUCUGGUGGACCCCUCGCUGCAGCUGUUUCCAACGCCGGGGGUCUAGGUGUCAUCGGCGGUCUUGGAUACACGCCACAGCAACUGCAAGAAAUCAUUGAUGAACUCAAAUCAAACUUGAAAUCAAAAGAUCUACCCUUUGGUGUCGACCUUGCUCUUCCGCAAGUCGGUGGCAGUGCGCGGAAAACCAACCACGACUACACGCAUGGACAAUUGGAUCAGCUUGUCGACGUUAUCAUCAAGGAGAAAGCAAAGCUAUUCGUGAGCGCUGUUGGUGUCCCUCCGAAGCAUGUAAUUGAGAGGCUCCAUGAAGCCGGUAUAUUGAUCAUGAACAUGGUUGGUCAUCCGAAACAUGCACACAAGGCACUAAAGGCAGGCGUCGAUAUCGUUUGUGCACAAGGCGGAGAGGGAGGUGGGCACACAGGUGACAUUGCAAACUCAAUCCUCAUACCUGCCGUGGUGGACGUGGCGAAAAACUAUACCUCGUCGAUGACCGGCAAGCCUGCCUUAGUCGUUGCCGCCGGUGGUAUAUCGAACGGUAGGACACUUGCAAGUAGCCUGAUGCAAGGCGCUGUGGGCGUCUGGGUCGGCACACGUUUCGUCGCUUCGGAGGAGGCUGGCUGUUCGAAGCUCCACAAAGAAGCCGUUACUACUGCCUCAUUUGAAGACACCUUGCGGACGCUCACUGUCAGUGGCAGGCCUUUGAGGGUACGUCGGAAUGACUGGGUUGACUCAUGGGAAGCCCAGCCCGAAAAGAUCAAGUCUCUCACCGAGCAAGGAAUUGUUCCUAUGAUGCAGGAUAUGGAGGAUGAGAAGGAUGUUGAUAUGCCGUUCUUGAUGGGUCAAGUUGCAGGAUAUAUCAAAGAGAUACAGCCUGCGGGUCAGAUCCUAGAGGAAAUGGUAGAGGAGGCUGUUCAGAUGUUGAAACUAGGGCAGACUUAUAUCAGCGAGAGGUCAAGCAAGCUUUAGAUGUAAUUAUAGUAUGUAUGAGCAAUAAAAACGAAUCACAUGAACAGCCCUGAGAGUCCAGUAAGGCUGAGAGAUACCCCACGAGGCUAGCGGUGGAGAGGCUUUACCUCUAAAGUGGUUCUGCCCAAUUCAGGCUCCGACGCGUCGCGCGCCGAGUCCAUACAUAUUCCGCCAUCUUGAGUAGCCGCGCAUCCAUUCUCUUACACUAUGGCUCUGGUUGAGAACGCAGAAGCACUGCUUCGAGCUCCUAUCAAAGGCG